UCCGACGAAGAAGAAGUAGAAUCCACAACAAUAACACAGCUAGCAAGAAGAGAAUGUGGUCUUUUCACUCUUAAAUAUCGCCCCGAAUCUUCAUCCUAGUACCGAAUGACAGCUGCUGUUUAUAAGUAACGUCAUACAAAGUAGUUUGCGGCAGUAAGAAGUGUGAUGUGGUGUAGUUUCCCCGCUCUAGCUUACUUAGGCGCUACUUAGGCGCUAGCUUAGGCGCUAGCUUAUCGUGUUGUAAGUGUACUAUUUCAUGUCAGUGGAGUCACGCUUCGUGUGCACAAAUGGAGAGUUUAUACAAGCGCAAAAUGUUCGCUUCAAUGCGCAAAACCAAGACCGACCUGUCCAAGAAGAGGCAGAUCGGCUUGCCCGCCUCCAUCCUGGACGACAGUGACGAAGGCUCCUUCUCCUCGUCCUCGUCCUCCAGAUCCCAGUCCGACUUCCACAGUUCCCCGGAGGAGGACAGCGAGCAGGACGAGUGGGAAAGGAGCGACUCCGGGGACACUUCCAGCGACCACAGCCGCUCUGUGAUUCGCAAGAAGCGCUCCUUUCUGGGAGGACAGGACACAUCAUCAUCGUCAUCCUCCUCUUCCAGCACUGCCAGAGAACAGGAUGACGAUGACGACGAUAAUGAUGAAGAUGACGGGGGGAAGACGGGGGAUUCCAGUCAGGUCAAGAGGAUGGUGCAGCCCAGGAAGAGGAGUCGGCUCCAGCGGCAGGAUGAUUCCGACUCGGACCGGGCUGACGAGAAGCGGAAGGAGGCGUCUGAGAAGGCCAAGAGGAGACAGAGACACAACAAGCUGCUGGCGUUGUCCCGGAGGAUGAAGGCCCGUGUUCCCAGGAGAUGGAGCCGCGUCAAACAGGACGAGGAAGAAUCCAAAGAAGCUGAAGAUGAAGUUGAUAGAGAUAAGGAUGGAGGAAAUAAGGCGGAGGCUGAAGCUUCACGUGGAGAUGAAGGAGGGAAGGGAGACGAUGAGGAGAAAGAUGAAGCAGUGGAGAAGCUGUAGAUAGCGCCAUCCAGUCAUCCAUAUACAGUAUGCUCUUAUUUCACCCUUAGCAGUGGAAGUGUGUCCAGUAUUUACUUUGGUCCCGACAGCACUUCAAAGACACACGUGCACUGCUAAUGACUUUGUCAGGAGCAUCGUGAAGAACACAAUCAUCACAAGAUGACACGGAACUGCUGAUCGCAAAGUGGAGCUCCUGGGUGGUCGGAUCAUUAGUAUUAUUUUAUAUUGUGAUUAUGAAUGAGUUGUUUGGGGGUGAAGAAAAUGUUUUUAAUUGAGCCACAUUGCAGUACGAGGGGUUACGAGGAUAGAUUUUGGGAGCAUCUGCAACACUUUUAAACACAUGCUUUUCUUCAAAUGGCUGCUUCAGUGACAUGGUCCCAUCCUAUAUUUACACCUUUUCACACUUACUGUGUGUACCUGGUUAUGUUUCCAGUGUUGGAUUCUCCCACCUCCUCACGUGGAAGUGUCAUAUCAGGAAUUAAUCCCUGCUUUCAAUUUUUACCAGAAAAAAUAACCUCUCACGUCACAGCUUCAGGAAGUCUUUUGGCAGCCAGAAAGUUUAUUUUGGAAUGUAAGAAUUGUGUCCAGUUGUCCCCCGUUUAUGCCGGUUAAUUGGCAUAAUAAGUGAAUUUCCACAAAGUAGGAUUCCGUAUUAAUAAAAGGAAUAUUUUCAUAGUUAUGGCAUAGAAAACGAUCCUCUAAAUACGGUUUCCAACAUUAUUAAAGCCCUCUAGACAUGAAAUAACAGCCGUAUAAUCACUUUUACAUUUGUAUUAUCCAAUAUAGUAAAAUAGGACAUAAAUAGACUUCCUUGUUCAUUUUUCUUGACAGUGUACUUCCUGCAGCAGCUAUUGCCUCAUCAGUGUAUUGCAAUGGCAGCUUUAAAUGGCGUAUAGUAGACAUAAUAAGACUAAAUUAGCCAUUUAAGACGUAAAUAAGACUCCUGCUUGUGUGGGUCAAAGUAAAUGUGGUCCCUAACGGACCUUAGUGGCGGGCGGACAACUGAGUGGAGGACAGAAAGUGACGUCAGAGAUUCAGAGUUGCCUUUUGCUUGUUGUGGGUUAUGGAACGACAGUAGCCCAAUUAUUUUUAUGUUAUUAUUGUGCCUGUGUUGUGAGAUAAUUUAAACCCGCAAUAAAAUCAGAUACAGGUCACAUAUGAGCAAAAACUGACCUGCAAUAGUUCAUUCAUUUAGACACUUUUGUGCUUGACAAUGCUUCAUUUAGGCCAAGAAUACGUAUAAUUUGCUUAAAUAUGAAUAUUUGUUUGUACCAAUAAUAGGCCCUAUUCAAACACAAAACAGUGCUAAUUUAUGAAGUCAUUCAUUUUUUGAGUGAGGGGAGGUUGCCAUGUUCAAACAGGGACUACUGUAUUUAAUCCAGAGUUUAGUGGGAAGAUUUUUUUCGUUUUUCAGGGAGCUGAAGACCUACUUCACGGUCACUGCUCAUCGGCCCUUGUCCCUCCACGAACAGUAGUAUCACAAACCAAUUCUCCAAUAUCCUGUUUGUCUUAGCUGUUCGCUGAUCACCAUUAGCACCUAAGCAGACCGCCGACCAAUCACAACAGAGGAGGCGUGGUCAGGGGAAGAGAGGAAUGCAGAUUUAGGCUGUGUGAAAGUCUCAUCAGGAAUGGUGGAUGUGGCCAAAAAAACGUGAUAUGUUAUAAUUCCAUCGGCAACACAUUUGUCUCCGUGUAUUGGAGUAAAAAACGGAAAAGUGUUCACAGGAAUCUGAAUGAAAUAUUGUUUGAUAUUUAUGACAACAACGAAUGCUUAGGACUGUGAGGCCAAUUCAUGAUGAUGAGGACUUUGGUUUGGUCAAUGUUUUCUGACUGAUUUGAGUGUUGCACACAUUCAUGAUGUAAAUGUUUUCUUUUUACUGUGUAAGAAGUAACUUGUGUAAAAUGUAACACACCAACCAACUGCUUCCUUUUCUUCUGAAAUAUGCUGCUUUAAAAAAAAUCAUUAUGACCUCGUCUUUCUUUUAAUGAUGUUGUGUGCUAAAAACGAUACUUUUGCCCAAUAGCCACAAACAUUAUAAGACUCAUAUCGAGCCAUCUCAGAUGUUUUUGGUUCAAGCAGCAGCUUAAAAAAAAACACAGUGGAGGCCUUGAGUCUUUUAUUCAACAUGUCCACAGUGUUGUGUGUUUGCGUGAUUUUCUUGGCUUUUCUUCUUGAUGAAACUUUGAAAGGCAGCCAGCUUCAUGAUUAAUAAACCUUUUGCUCUA